GCACAAAAAACAGAAUACAGAGAGAGAGAAGUCUUUGGUUUUGCUUUCUCUCUCUAAAAAAACAUCCGAGAUUUGGGACUCCGGAGAAUCAGCGGUUGAUUAUCUUCGUGGAUUGAACUUCACAAUUUCCCGCCGGUUUUCACGAUUUCAGCUGCUGAUUAGAUUUUUCGGUUUAUAGACGCAUCUCGGGACGAAUGUUGCUCGAGUGAUGAUCAUAUAGAGACGCAUAUUUGUUCAAAGAAGCUCGGUGAUUAUUUAAUUCUGGGAAAUAACGACAAAAAACCGCACCGCGAAUUAACGAGUUAUUUAGAAUAACAUCGAAGAGAGAUUUGCUGCUAAAAAUGUUGAUCAAACAAAGAGAACAAGGUGGAUUUUCGACUCUGGGUAAAAGAAAGAACGCGAUGCCGGAAAUAGAACCGUUGUCCCACAAACUGAACGUUGCUGACUCGAUUCGAGUUGACUCAGUUCUCAGUGACAAGACCACUAUAUUUGAUAACAACUCUUUUAAUUAUCCGCUCGACGACAUAAAAACUAUCGGCAACGAUUUCUUUGAAAAUACCGAGAACAAAGAUUCUAAUGAUUUCCUGUAUUACGGUUGGCCUGAAAUCGGCAACUUUGAAAAUAUUGACGGGAUGUUUGAAGAUAUCGACGGGAAGUUCAGAAAUUGCGAUUCGAUAUUUGGCAUCGGGAUCUGCAAAGAGGAAGAGAUGAGUUGGCCGAAUGUGGUGGAAAAUAUUUCAGAAAACCACGACUUCUCAAAGGAAUAUUCUGUCAAUGAUUCUGUCAUGACUAGUUCUUGGGACUCGGUAAAGUCUGACGAUUCUUACAUGUCAUUUGUGACUGGUCCUGAAAUAGCCAAUGGCAAAGACGAUUUUACCCUUGGAAACGGUGGUUUCAAUUAUAUCGGUGAUGUAUCGAAUGAAGUCACACAGCUUCCUUCCGGGAUUACUUCUGACCAGGCUUUUUUAGAUGUUCAACGACAGCUUCAGCAUGCUAUGAAACAGUUGGAUUCGAGAACAAAGUUAUGCAUACGGGAUAGUUUGUACCGUUUGGCUCGGAGUGCUAACAAAAGACGUAACCGCGCAAACAAUUUCAUGGAUAUCGAAAUACAUACGAAUCCUCUCGACCGUUCGAUAGCACACUUAUUAUUUCAAAUGCCUUUAGACUCAGCCACCAACCCUAGUGAGGUUCAUGAACCUAUCGCAAGUUCACCUCUAUCAAACGAGAAUUACUUCAGCGAAUCAACAGUUGUUUCUGAAGUUGAGAAGUUGUCAUGUUGCUGAAUAUACAAUGUUCGAUUGCUUCUGCAGAUUUCCAUUCAUCGUCUGUAAAUUGUAAUACAAGUAACCUCAGGCGUUUUAACGCCAAAAUUCACUCAUAAGUUAUUUGUUUUUCUUU